AUGAGGGUCUAUGCCGAUCCUUCAGACAAAGAAAACUCGGAAUCAGCGUACAUCUUCCUCCGCCCAUGGGUGAGGCUCUUCCUCACUUAUUGGGCCAGUAAGUUCGAGAUCGUUAUCUUCACGGCUGGGUGUAAAAGCUAUGCUGAUCAGGUUGUGGACUUCCUCGAUCCGCAUGGUGUGUUGGUAUCACACAGACUUUAUCGUCAGCAUUGCACGGAGUUCUUCGACAACGAGAAAGAAUCCACUAUCCUUGUGAAGGACCUGAAGUGCCUUGGGAGGGAUCUCAAACGAACCGUCCUUCUGGACAAUAAUCUGUAUUUGCCUCGGUACGUCGAAAGUGAUGAGGCCAUCCCUUCAUAG